AUGUCCUCCUCCACCCAUUUCCCUGACCCCUCGAGCUUCCAGCACCAGUCUGACGAGUUCGUCGCCUGGCUCGAAGCAAACCCAGGCGUCAAGGUCAAUCCUAAGAUCUAUCUGGCAGAUCUUAGAUCAACCGGCGCUGGCCGUGGAGUCGUGGCCCGAACCAGUAUCCCUGAAGGCGAAGAACUUUUCUCAAUUCCGCGGAAUCUGAUUCUCGCUGUCCAAAACUCGGAGCUGAAGAGCCUGCUCGGGCAGGAGGUGGAUACCCUUGGCCCAUGGCUGUCCCUGAUGCUGGUGAUGCUUUAUGAAUACUCGCAAGGCUCAAAUUCGAGAUGGGCGCCUUAUCUUCGCGUCCUGCCUACACGUUUCGACACACUUAUGUUCUGGUCACCGGCAGAGCUGCGCGAGCUGCAGGCUAGUGCCAUUUUGGACAAGAUUGGCAAACAAGGCGCCGAUAAGUCUAUUCUGGAGUCUAUUGUGCCCAUUGUCCGGGCCAAUCCAGGGCUUUUCCCGCCUGUGAGUGGUGUUACCUCGUAUGAGGGUGAUGCGGGGGCUGCGGCUCUGCUGGAGCUUGCUCAUAUCAUGGGCUCACUGAUCAUGGCUUAUGCGUUUGAUAUUGAGAAGUCUGAGCAUGAGGAAGAUGACGCGGAAGACGACGAUGAGAGCUAUAUGACCGAUGAUGAAGAUGAGCAGCUGCCCAAGGGUAUGGUUCCUCUUGCUGAUCUGCUCAAUGCCGACGCGGACCGGAACAAUGCACGUCUCUUCCAAGAAGAAGAGUGUUUGGUCAUGAAGGCUAUCAAACCUAUUCAUGAAGGAGAGGAAAUCUUCAAUGACUAUGGGGAAAUUCCCCGUGCGGAUCUGCUUCGUCGGUACGGCUAUGUGACAGACAACUAUGCCCAAUACGAUGUCAUCGAGCUGCCCUUGGCAGAUAUUUGCCAGGUAGCCGGUCUACCUAACAGUGAUGUGGGAUCCCAGCCAAGACUCGAAUUCCUCGAAGAAAAUGACAUCCUGGACGAUGGCUAUGUGAUCCCCAGACCGGGGCCUAACGCUUCUCUGCAGGAUGUUCUCCCUGCCGAGCUGGUUGUCCUACUUACUACCCUGUCCCUGACACCAGAAGAAUUCGAGCAGCGCCGGUCCAAAAACAAGCCUCCCAAGCCAUCCAUGGACAGCAACCAAGCCAGCCUCCUCUACAAGAUCCUGCAGAUCAAGCAAAUGCAAUACGGCAGUUCUCUCGGCGAGGACAUGCAACUCCUCACCCACCUUACUCCACCGAACGCCCCCGCCUCGCUUGAUGGAUCUGCUCGGCGCCUCAAGAUGGCCGCGCAAGUGCGAAUGGGCGAGAAGGAGGUUCUACAGACUGUUCUCGCCUUGCUCGAACCUCUUCUUCCAUCUGCAUCUCUCAAGCGCUCUGCCAAUGGCGACGUCGAUUCAAGACAGAGCAAGGCCGCGCGCGUGUGA